AUGACAAUGAAAGAACAAGAAGAAUAUGCGAAGUCAAUUCUGGAUAUUUAUGAUAAGAAUCUAACUACUCUUGCUUAUAUAACCUCGUCAUCGGAAUUUGAAACACAUUUACAUUUGAAUGAUUCGCAUAGGAGACGUAUUACGGAGAAGAAUUACGAAAUUUAUCGAGCUUGUUUGAAAACUGUGGCUAACGUUGGACGAAAAUUCAAAGAUUUGAUCGCUCAGAAUGAGUCUUCGAUACAAUGGUUAUUAUUACGUACACAAGCAAUCGGUGAUGCCGGAGAAAGUGAUACAACGAUCAAAUUAGAAUUACAAAAAUUAAAAGCUCGUAUGAAAGAAAUUUAUCAUCGGAAAUUCGUUUGGAACGGCACACGAUUAGGUGUCGAUGAAGUACAGGAAACACUUGGUUCACUUGAAUCGCCCGACGAUUUAUUAUCGCUCUGGAAUGCAGCUUAUGAAGUACCGAUUCCCAUGCGUGAUUAUUAUUCAACGUUGAUUAGUGUACAAAAUCAGCAAGCCAAACAGAACCGUUGGACGGAUAAAACUGAAUCUACGACAAAUGAUGAAGAACGUCGGAUAGUCGAACAGUUAUGGCAAGAACUGAAACCAUUACACCGACUUCUACAUGCUUAUAUAAGACAACAGAUGAGUAAAUUGUAUCCUGGCCUUAUCCAACUUGAUCAGCCCAUUCCAAUUCAUUUAACAAAGGAUGUUUUCGGUUCGAUGAUGACAUACUUAGAAAAAGAUGUUCUACCAUUUCCUCAUGUCAAAGGAAUCGACCUAGGACCGGCAAUGAAACGAAAAAAUUUUACCGAAGAAAAAAUCUUUCGUUACGCGGAUGAAUUCUUCGUCUCUUUGAAUCUAACUCGAGCUCCUGAACGAUUUUGGAAUUUAUCAGUUUUCAAAAAGAUUCCUAAUCGUCACAUGGCUUGUCAUCCAACGGCAUUUGAUGUGUACAAAUACGACGAUGUUCGAAUACGUAUGUGUACAACUUUAACAUCACGUGAUUUUUAUGUUGUUCACCAUGAAAUGGGCCAUAUCCAACAUUAUUUGCAAUAUAAAUCAUUGCCAUUUUGGUUUCGCCGUUCACCACAUGGAGCAUUUAGUGAAGCUAUCGGUGAUGCCAUUGCAUUAGCAACAAUGUCGCCGACACAUUUAAAACGUAUCGGUCUGCUAGACGAUUACACAUCAUCACGUGAGGAUACAGUCAAGUUCUUGAUAUCACAAGGGUUAAGUCGAUUGUUCUUACCGCCUUAUGCAUAUGCACUUGAUACAUGGCGUUGGUCAGUUUACAAUGGAUCGAUUCAACCAUUUGAAUACAAUCGACGUUAUUGGGAGCUGGUCUGCGAAUAUCAAGGUAUGAAGCCGAGCGAAGCGCGGAACGAACGAUACUUCGAUGCUGGUACUAAACUUCACGUCGCUUUUGAUUUGUCCUAUAUCAAAUACUUUCUCGCUCAUGUUUUCCAAUUUCAAAUCUUCGAUGUCCUAUGCCGAGAAGCGGGUCACCAAGGUCCAUUACAUCUCUGUGAUCUUCACGGAUCGGUGGCUGCAGGAAAAAAACUUAAGAUCUUACUUGGUUUGGGUAUAUCCAAACCUUGGCAAGAUAUUCUAGAAGAAUUUGCUGGUGUACGAACCUUUUCUGCUCAAGCAUGUUUGCGUUAUUUUCAACCGUUGAGAGAUUAUCUCGAAGAACUAGUUGAACAAGGACAGUUACAAGUUGGAUGGACAUGUGAUACAAAGAAUAAUUCAAACCGAACAGAACUAGUUCACAUAUCAUAUCUUUUAUUUUUGUGUAUGAGUUUAAUUGUAUCGAAAAAAUUCUUCUGA